UUAAAUUAUGCUUGAGGGCAGAAAAAGGCUUUAGUAUUAAAUAGAGAGGAAAGAAAGCAGAAAGCAAGUGUGAAAGAUGCAGAGAAUUAGAGGGGUGUCCAUUGUCCAAGUAGCGUGGUGAAGUGACAAAGAAAGAGUUGUAUUAUCUAAGUCUCAGAUGGGUAAUUACAGGUUCAGGUUCUCAGAUAUGAUACCAAAUGCCUGGUUUUACAAGCUCAAAGACAUGAACAAAACCCGAACACAUCACAGCAACCAAAAGAAACCUCCCACAUCACAAACACACCACAAUUCCAAGCCUAGGCACUUCACCUCGGAACCUUUCAAAGCUGCCAGAUUACAUGUCGAAGCCUCCGGCGAUCCACCAAGAAAAUCAUUGAAGAGAAGAGACAGAAGAAGAGCAGUUUACAAGCCUUCUCCCAGAGCCAUCUCAUCUGCGUCUGCUGGUUUCAGCCACCAUGCCAUACCCAUACUUAACAACUCUGCUCAUCACUAUUCUCUUUCUCCAUUUGGGAGUUACCCUGAAUCAUCCAACUCAGAGGAUGAUGAAUUUUUGGCUCCUCCACCCUCCACUUCUUACAAUUGUCAACUUAGUUCUUCCACUACUGAUAUCAUCAUCGACAUGCAUAACACAAGCAAAUUCGACGCAAUAUCUGAACUUGAGCUUCCUCCAAUAUUGACAAAGCUACCAAAGUCCAAUCAUAAGGCAGAUGAAUGCACCAAGUUGAUGACGAGUUCAUCUCCCAGAAGUAGUCCUCUGGUGAGAAAGUCACUUGGUACUCCUGGAAUAAAGCUUCGGGCCAAUUCUCCAAAAAUUGCAAGCAAGAAGAUUCAAGCUGCUUAUGCGCGAAAGAGCAUGUCACCUUGUAGGUACUUAAAGUUUAGGAAUAGGAGCAUUGCAGAAAGUCUUGCAGUCGUCAAGUCUUCGCUGGAUCCACAGAGAGACUUCAGGAAUUCUAUGGUUGAGAUGAUUGUGGAGAAUAACAUUAGGAGUUCAAAGGAACUAGAAGAUCUUCUUGCUUGUUAUCUUUCUCUUAAUUCUAAUCAAUACCACGAUCUUAUCAUUAAAGCUUUCGAGCAAAUCUGGCUUGAUAUGACCAACCUACGCUUGUAAAAUUCCCAGAAAUAAAUGUUGUUGACUUGGCCUGUUUUCAGCUUUUA